AUGACGGAUAACCUGGUCCUUCUCGGUAUUUCGUACUCUGCACUAACCCAUUCUGCGGCACUACACGGCGCAGACCCGAUCCGUACCACAGAGGAGGUGCUGGAGCUAGAAGGUAAGAAGGAAAUACUCGAUGAGUGUGAUGAAGACAGUGAAGAGUUCAAAACCACGAGUGAACAACAGAAGGAUCGUUUUGACCACAUGAAGUCUCAUGAAGCCGCGCAGAGAGUAUCAAAACAAUCCAAGCAAUUGUAA